UGUACAAAUAUUUGGAAUGUGUACUUCAAAAUUUACAAAGAAUGUCUGAUGACAGGAGAGUGAGGGACGCCCAAAUGAGGGCCACGAUUAAUCAAAAACUGGUGGAAACAGGAGAAAGAGAAAGGUUAAAAGAACUGCUGAGGACUCGACUCAUUGAAUGUGGCUGGAGGGAUCAACUUAAGGCUCAUUGUAAAGAGGUUGUCCGACAAAAAGGACUUGAACAUGUGACUGUAGAUGACUUAGUAUCAGAAAUAACUCCAAAGGGAAGAGCUCUCGUGCCAGACACAGUCAAAAAAGAACUUCUACAAAGAAUUAGGACUUUUCUCUCACAACAAUCAAAUAUUUAACAUUCAACUAACAAAGGAUAACAUCUCAGAGAAACUGUAUAUAUUUUAUAUAUAAAGACCAACUUGAAUGGUAGAAUGGAAGGUGAAAGGUUAGGUGGAUGUUGUUAAUUUCACACUGCCAUUUACUUCUUCCUUCACAUAUUAUGAAUUAGAGGACAACAAUUUUAUGAUCAAGUUUUAGAUGUGCAUACCUCCUGAAUUAAUGCCCACCUAUUUAGGCAUGUAUGAGCUUUAAAUGAAAAUGUUUUCAAGCAAACCCAGAAAAUACCCAGAAUCUAUCAUUGGAGAGUGACCCAGUUUAUCCCGUAUUUUGCCAUAUAUCAUGUAAACUGUAUUGUAUUUACUGACAUGAAUUUGUGACUUGAAUUUAGGACGGUUAAAACAUUGUUUUCUUGUUCUGCCAUAUACAUGUACAUUGAACUAGACUAAGGAUUACCUCAUAGGCUAAGGUCGAUAUAAAUAAUUUUUAAAUAAAGAUG